AGUGAACUAGAAACUUCACAUAAAGCUUGGUUGCUGGGGCUACAUGGCCAGGAAUCUCCUGGAUAGUGACAAGCAAAUUAAAGUGGUUUUGGCUUAUUUUGUAAUGAAUGAUGCAUAGCAUUUCCCAAAGCGUGCAACAUUUUGGUGCAUUUAAUUCUGCAGGACAUCCAUGGCUAUUCAGGUGUGGAUCUCAUGUAAACUUACAGACACAGUUCCUCUUUUUCACACAAUAUCUGAAAAGAUGGGCAGUCCACAAAGCUGUCUUUGGAAGAUGGCCAUAUAACAGAGUAGGGAACCUAGCAGAGCACUGAUCCCUGAGAUAAAAUUGGUUCCAGAAAUUUGGUUGGUAAGGAAUUUAUCCAGAGAGUUUUAGGGGCAUCUGAAAUGGUCUGAGGGCUAUCCUAAUGGUUUCUGCCUUCUGUCUCAUCUCAGGCAGUGUUUUAGAUUGGUUUGAGGUCCAUUAAUGAAUUUUGAAAUCAUCCAACUAUAUAACAACCAGCAUUUUUUCCCCUAAACUUGUGAUUUUGGAAUACCUAUAGAUUCAUAUAUUUUUUUGUUUGUUUUUGUGAUACUGGGAAUCAAAGCCCGGGACUUAUACAUUCUAGACAAGUGCUCUACCCCUGAGCUACAUCCUCAGCCCUACUUUGAGAUUUUAUUUACCUCCCUUCUAGUUUCCCCAAUGGGGAUACCUUGAAUGAUUAUAGUAUAUUGUCACAACCAGGAAAAUGACAUUGGCAGAGUCUGUCCACCUUCUUCACAUUUUAUUAGAUAUUAAAUAUACUUGUUUGUGUCUGUGUUGUGUAUUUCUGUGCAUUUUCCUCACGUGUACUUUGACACCAACAUUUUUAAAAAAUGGAAUAGCAUAGGGAUAUGGCUUUAGUGGUAGAGCACUUCCCUGGCAUGCAUGAGGCCCUUGGGUUCAACCCGCAUCACCAAAAUGUAUAUAUGGAAUAGUAUAGACUGCUCAGUUAGGGGCCACAUCCAUUCAAUAUUGAUUUGGAGCCAUGUUUUUGUUGCACUCCUACCUGGAUGGGAGUGGAGGGGUAUCUUUUUACUGAGUCACAGUCAAGUAGUUAGAGUCCCAGAUUGCAGGUUGUUUUUUACUUCAUUUACGUGGUUUCCAAGGAGCUCCAGGUUCCCUGGCCACCUGCUUCUGGCAGGUGGAAAAUGAGGCUAAAUAUAAAUAAAUAUACUGGGAGAAGUAUUGGGCCCCAAUCACUAUUUAAAGGGGUUUCAAGGCUGAUUUUGACUAGCACCAGUUGUGUUCUCGCUGGCUUCAGCAUCACUCCCUGGUAAGUUGGAACUCACUGUUUUCUUGCUAAUAGAAUCAGAUUGUUCUGAAGUACUACAGGUGGCAAAACCAGGUUAUUUAGAAAAUAUAAAGUUAGGAUAAUAAAAAGAAUUAAACAUUCUUUACAGUAGUAAAUCCUAAAGAAUAUCUAAGUCCAAGAUGCUUUGUCAGCAUAAAAACCCGUGCUGGUGCAAACCCCCUUCCAGGUCUAUCCCUUUCUCUUUACCUAUUUCCAAGACAUCCUUGACCUUGGUGUGGAAGGAGUCUCAAGAUUCUUGCUCCUCUGUGGGCAAAGAGACCCACCGUGACUUUACUCAAGGCCCAUAGGACUAUGGGAGGGGAACAUCUCAUGAUGGGGACCAAGCACACUGAGGAAUGUGAUGUGGUUAGGAUUAUUAUUAACUGGAUCACCUGCCCUGAGGGCCCACACCUGGGAGUUUUGCAUGUCUUUGGAUUUGAGCUGCACAGAUAUGAAACAGGGUUUUGAAGAAACUAGUUCAAAUCCAAGUUCUACCUCUGAAGAGUUCUGUGACAAAAUCCUAGUUGUGUCAUUAGUUGGAUGUAAUGCCAUCUACUCCACAGACUGCUUAAAGAAAAAAGAUAAAUGUUUGUCACAUCAUGGGAAUCUAUAAUACCUGUGUGUGUUUUGGUUUGGGAUUUUGGCACUGCCAGACAUCAUCAAUCCCAAGAUCUCAUGCAUUGUAAACAAGCACAUUCCUACUAGGCUACACCUCCUGCCAUCUAAUUAUAACUUAAAUGCAACUUAAUUUUAGUUUCCUUUAUAUAUUCAAAGGAUUAUUGGAGAGUCAAAGUCCAAUAUAAGACAAACCUUAUUCAAGUCCUGGGGUUUUUCCAGGCCUCCCUCUAUGAUAGUUGUACUUGUGCUUGCUUGCAUGGCCCUUAUUGUGGAGUUGGGUGGGAGUUGAGCCAGCCAGGACAGUGGGAAUCUCUCUACUUGGAUGAAGUGGAACCUGAGCAAGAAAGGAAAAAAAUCCUGACCAUUGCAGCAAACUCCUGUGGCAGCUGAUACAGGGCAGUUGCCAUUCAGAUGGCCCAUCCCAUUGUACCCUUGAUCCAACAGCUGCAGCUGGGUCUGCUGUGAUGAUGAGUGUGGGGCCAACCAAUGCCACCUUCUUCUGGGGAUUGCUGCACACUAGACUUCCUGUGACUUCUAGGGUAUCUAUCCAGACAGCUGUCCCAGAUCUGAAGAAUCUGACCAGGUUUGUUUGGCCACACUGGGGAUCAAACCCAUGGCUUCCCACAGGCUAGGCUAGUGUCUACCACUGAGCCACAGCCCAGUCCUAUCUUGCCAUUUAGACCUAACAAAAAGGACAGGAUUUCUGCCCAAACAGCUGACCAAAAGCUUCCUAGCUCCUGGCCAGUCUCUGGGUAGAGCUCAUCCACUCUUACCACAGGGAAGUGGGAAAUGUUGAAGCAGCAGCUGGAGGUCACCCAGGGUCCACAAGGCCUCAUGUACUGCACCCACUGAUUCCCAGACAUUGUGGGUCAGCAGAGGAAUUCAAAUACCUAAAAGAGAUGGUAGUGGACAGAGAAGGCCCAGAAGGCUUCUGGGCCAGUCAGUCACGCUGACAUGCUGUAUGUCAGGAGAGCAGGUCCCGGCACAACCAGCCAGAUGGAGCAUCUGGAAACUUGCACCAGAGCCUUCUGGGCAAACGGGAGAAGCCUGAGCAUGAGUCAGUCCCAAGGCUUGACGGGAACAGAGAAGAACCAGAGGAUCUGAUAAGGAAGGAGCAGGUUGAGUGGGGGACAGAACACAGGCUCCCACCCGCCUGAGUUGUACCCCUCACACGUCAUGCCACACACAGUGUUUAGACAGAGCAGUGAAGAAGAAACACAGACAUCCUAGAUCCUGUGGGGAGGAGGCCAGAGCUGGGAACAGAAGGCAGUCUGUUUAUUCCUGGCAGCCCCAAAUUCAAGGGGCCCUGCAACCAUUUCUGUUCAGAUCCUAGGCUGAACUCUCCAGAGCCCAGGAUCUCUGCCCAGCCCUGCCAGAUAGCAUGGAUCUGAGGACCUUGUGGAGAAUGGGUUUGAAGCUGGCUGUUCUCUUCCUAUUAUGUCCCAAUAGAAGUCCCACCUUGCAAGACCCUGAAUGGCAAGCAGAGCCAGUCUCCAAGAGCAUGGAAGUCCCCUUGCUCUCUGCUGUGCUCUUCAGAUUGUUCCUCAGGUCUCACCAAGAGCCUUCUUGCUGUGGUUGCAGCUUUUUCCUUCCUGUUCCAGUUUUAAGGGAGUGUGGCUGGGCCCCUCUCCUCCCUCACCCCAAAGCCACUCUUGAUAGAAGGUGGAAAUCAGGCACCAUACCUCUUGGCUUUUCUGCCUUCCCUCUCACCGAGUUUCCUCAGUUUCUCUGUGCAGCAAAGUGUCAUUCCCUUGCUUUUCAUAGGUCCCCUAUCUGCCUUUCUCAGCAGAGUCCUAAAGGGUACAGGUGCAGAAAAGGGCAGAAGGCCUAAUAAUGUUAAUGACUGUCCUUCAUUGGGUGCUAUCUACCAACUGCUGGUCUGUUUCACAUGAUCUUAGUCCCAUAAGGGGUGUGUAUAAUUAGGAGUUCCAUUUUUCAGAUAAGGAAACCAAGGCAAGAGAACUUUAGCAAUCCACCAAAGUUUUGGCCCAAGCUGGAAAAAAAGUAGAAUCGCAGCCAACUCUUAUUCCAGCCCAGUCUCAUUCCUCUACCCCUGACCUACAUCCCCAGCCCUUUUUAUUUUCUGUUUUCAUACAGGGUCUCCCUAAGUUGCCCAGGUUGGCUCAAAUUUGUGAUCCUAUGUCAUCCAUGAAGUGCCUGGCAUUACAAGUGUGUGCCACCAUGCCCUGGGGGCUCAUACCUCUUAAAGAUCAUCAUGGCGAGGAAGGAUAACAGUCAUUUGUUGAGAUGACACCUCCCUCGUCUCUCCCUUUAGCAUCAAGCACUCGGGUAUCUCUGGUUUGCUUCUUGGCCCAUGAUAUUCCCCACAGUAAUCCCAAAAGGUAGUCUUAUAAACUAAAAGGCCCUUCAAUUGAUGGGAUGGGGGACUGAAGAUCCCAACCACUGCCACCAUCUCUCUCACACACACAUACACUACCCUUGGGUGUGCUGGCAGGAAUAUGGGAGCUGGCUGUGCACUUGCCUCGCUGGCUGCCUCAGAUUUAAGGAUCAUAAAAUAUAGCUGUACUAGCUGAUGUAGGAGGUGGGUAGGGGUAGGCAGUCAUUACCAUUCAUUAACUGAAAUGCAUUUUUCAGAUGAGUGAGGCAGUGACAGGCAAGGCUCCCAGCUAGGGAGACCACCAUCUAAGUAGGGGAACUUAGGUGGCACCAUGUGGCCUGUAGCCAGGGAGAGGGUCACUGGUACGGGAGGAUAAGGAGGGGAGACAAGGAGCCAAGAGGGAGGCUUCUCGGUGGCUCCAGCUCAGAAUGUGCCAGGUCCCACCCCCAGAGGCGGGGCCAGGGCUGGGCCUGCAGGCCACAGCUCUGGGAACCCGGGCAGUGUAGAGCCUGGACGGGGAGCUGGGGCUCUACUGCCCCAGAGUGGAUGCACCAUGCACUCGCCAGCCAGAACACCAGACUUGGUCCCAAGCCCUGAAAGGCUAGCUGCUGUGACUCCCUGACACUCAGGAAAGCCCAGGCUGGUGAGCUACACCUGUCCACAGCCACCAUGAUAUGGCCCACAGUAUGGGUCUGCAGCCUCUGGAUUACUGUGCAGUCCCCACCAGAAGGACAGUGACCUGAAGCCCCGCGCUAACUCUGGCCACCCCCUCCUCCAUCCAGGCAUGCCGGUUGCUGCUCCAGACCUCCCCCAUUCCAAGGCCCAAGAUGACAUCCAACAGCACUGGGGAGGUGGCCAUCCCCAUCCCCAUGGUGGCUAUGGGGCUCUCCCUGACCCUGGCAAGCCUCAUUGUGGCCGCCAACCUUCUUCUGGCACUGGGCAUCGCCCGAGACCACCACCUGCGCAGCCCCCCUGCUGGUUGCUUCUUCCUGAGCCUGCUAUUGGCUGGGAUGCUCACAGGGCUGGCACUGCCCACGCUGCCAGUGCUGUGGAACAAAAGCCGCAGGGGUUAUUGGUCCUGCCUCCUCCUCUACUUGGCUCCCAACUUCUCCUUCCUCUCUCUGCUGGCCAAUCUGCUGCUGGUACAUGGAGAGCGCUACAGAGCAGUGCUGCGGCCACUCCAGCCCCAAGGGAGCACUCGGCUGGCCCUGCUCCUCACAUGGACUGGUCCCCUGCUCUUUGCCAGUCUGCCGGCUCUGGGUUGGAACCACUGGAGCCCCAACGCCAACUGUAGCUCCCAGGCUGUGUUCCCAGCUCCCUACCUCUACAUUGAAAUCUUUGGGCUCCUGCUGCCUGCUGUGGGGGCUGCUGCCCUUCUCUCUGUGCGAGUAUUGGUCACUGCCCACCGCCAGCUACAGGACAUCCGCCGGCUGGAACGGGCAGUGUGUCGCGAUGCACCCUCUGCCCUGGCCCGCACCCUCACCUGGAGGCAGGCCAAGGCACAAGCCGGAGCCACACUGCUAUUUGGGCUAUGCUGGGGGCCCUAUGUGGCCACCUUGCUCCUGUCGGUCCUGGCCUAUGAGCAGCGCCCACCACUAGGGCCUGGAACUCUGUUAUCCCUCCUCUCACUGGGCAGUGCCAGUGCAGCAGCUGUGCCUGUGGCCAUGGGUCUGGGUGAUCAGCGCUACACAGCCCCCUGGAGGGCAGCCACGCAAAGGUGGCUGCGGAUGCUGUGGGGAAGAACCUCCAGGGACAGUCCUGGUCCCAGCAUGGCCUACCACACCAGCAGCCAAAGCAUCAUUGACUUGGACUUGAACUAGGGGAAGGGCCACAACUGUUUCCUAGAAGCAUCUGUCCAUCUCAGCCAUCAAAUCCCUUUCCAUAUGUCCCCUCUUCUCUGGAACAGAAAUCAUUCCCCUGUUGUAUCACCACCCUGAGGGAAUAAAGCACCUCUGGCCACUUA